AUGAUAGCAGCACCGAAGGAAGCACCGGUCUUCAAAGCGCCGUCGGCAGAGCUGACAGUAGUUGCUGAAGGAACGACGGAAGAAGAUGCCGGAGCAGAAGAGACUGGCGCAGAAGAAGCUGGUGCGGAAGAAGCUGGUGCAGAAGAAGCUGGUGCAGAAGAAGCAACUUCGGUGGAAGCGGCUUCGGUAGAAACAGCAGCAGACGAAGCGGCCUCAGAAGUGGCUUCAACAGAAGAAGCAGCCUCGGAAGAGGAUGGAGCCUCAGAGGAAGCAGCUUCAGAAGAGGAAGCCUCAGUAGAGGAGGCUUCAGUAGAGGAAGCCUCGGUGGAAGAGGCCUCGGAAGAAGAGGAAGCCUCGGAAGAAGAGGCAGAAGACGAAGAAGACACAGAAGCGUAG